CACGCAAGAGAAAUAUUCUCGUUGGAUUUGUUGUGGUCCCCCUGUUCUGCUCCAUAGGGUGGGCUCGUCCGUCUCUCUGGCAUUAGCGCCUUUCUGCUGCUGCAGUAUGAACGGAUUCUCACAGGCGGGCUGAGUUGGAGCACGCUUAUUGUCGGUUAAAAUGUUUUGCGCUGGUUUGACAUUUUGGGAACGAUACCAGGACGGACACGUGGAAUAAUAUAUCAUGCCGUCGAUUUAAAAGUGGUUUUGGGGAAGUGCACGGAGGAAAAACGCGUCAUUUUCUUAUUAUAGGAUCCAUGAAAUAAAGGGUGAAAAUGUCCUAUGGCGGAAGUUGAAUCUCAAACAGACAGACUCUGAGUGAGCUGGACGGGGCCUGUCCCGUAAUCCCCGCUUGUCGGGUCAAGGGACCAUGGGAGAUGGAGGCGUCAAUGCGGUGGGAGAAGGGGUGAAUCAGUCCCACAUGCUCUUUGACCGCUUCGUCCAGGCCUCCACCUGCAAAGGCACUCUCAAGGCUUUUCAAGAGCUCUGUGACUUCCUGGAACUCAAGCCCAAUGAAUACCGCGUUUUCUACCACAAACUCAAGUCCAAGCUCAACUACUGGAAAGCCAAAGCUCUCUGGGCCAAAUUAGACAAGCGCGCCAGCCACAAAGAAUACAAAAAAGGAAGGGCCUGUGCCAACACUAAGUGUCUGAUAAUUGGAGCUGGACCAUGUGGUUUACGUACAGCCAUAGAGCUGGGUUUCCUUGGGGCCAAGGUGGUUUUAUUGGAGAAGAGAGAUGCAUUCUCUCGAAACAAUGUGCUCCAUCUUUGGCCCUUCACCAUUCAGGAUCUGAGGGGUCUUGGAGCCAAGAAGUUCUAUGGCAAGUUUUGUGCUGGAGCCAUCGACCAUAUCAGUAUUCGUCAGUUGCAGUUGAUGCUCUUGAAGGUUGCUCUUCUCCUUGGCAUCGAGAUUCAUGUCAACGUGGAGUUCAAAGGCCUCAUAGAGCCACCAGAAGACCAAGAGAAUGAGAGAAUUGGGUGGAGAGCAGAAGUCCACCCCAGAACACAUCCAGUCAAUGAGCUAGAGUUUGAUGUCAUAAUUGGGGCUGAUGGGAGGAGAAACACACUGUCAGGGUUCCGGAGAAAGGAGUUCAGGGGCAAACUGGCUAUCGCUAUCACAGCAAACUUCAUUAACCGCAACACAACCGCAGAAGCAAAGGUGGAGGAGAUCAGUGGAGUAGCCUUCAUUUUCAACCAGAAGUUCUUCCAGGACCUCAGAGAAGCCACAGGAAUUGACCUGGAAAACAUUGUCUACUAUAAGGAUGACACCCACUACUUUGUAAUGACUGCCAAAAAGCAGAGCUUACUGGAGAAGGGCGUCAUUCUACAUGACUAUGCUGACACAGAAAUGCUGCUCUCCAGAGCCAAUGUUGACCAGAAGGCUUUGCUCUCUUACGCCAGAGAGGCAGCAGAUUUUUCGACCAAUCAUCAGCUUCCUAAGCUAGACUUCGCCAUCAACCACUACGGUCAACCUGACGUUGCCAUGUUUGACUUUACCUGUAUGUACGCCUCAGAGAACGCAGCGCUCGUCCGCCAGCGCAACGGCCAUAAGCUGCUAGUAGCCCUUGUGGGAGACAGUCUUCUAGAGCCAUUCUGGCCGAUGGGCACUGGAAUAGCUCGAGGUUUCUUGGCAGCCAUGGACUCAGCAUGGAUGGUGCGGAGCUGGGCUCAUGGAAGCUCUCCUCUGGAGGUGCUGGCUGAACGGGAAAGUAUCUAUCGACUGCUGCCUCAGACGACACCAGAGAAUGUGAGUAAGAACUUCAGCCAGUACAGCGUGGACCCAACAACACGAUACCCCAACAUCAGUCUUCAUCAAGUGAGACCCAGCCAGGUACGGCAUCUGUUGGACACCGGAGAAACCAGGGAUUUGCGUGUGGACAUGGAGAAUGUGGUCAACUCUUCAACUCCUAAACUCACAAGAAAUGAAAUUCUGCUUGAGAAGCAAUUCCAAGAGUCCAUCGUGCGCUCCAGUAAGCUGCUGAACUGGUGUCAGAGGCAGACGGAAGGCUACCGAGGUGUCAGCGUGUCUGAUCUCACCACGUCCUGGAAGAGUGGUUUGGCCCUGUGCGCGCUCAUCCACAGAUACAGACCAGACCUCAUUGACUUUGAAUCACUGGAGGAGAAAGACGUGGAGAAGAAUAACCAGCUGGCUUUUGACGUGGCCGAAAGAGAGUUUGGGAUUUCUCCCAUCAUGACCGGGAAGGAGAUGUCUGUUGUGGUGGAGCCAGACAAGCUCUCCAUGGUGAUGUACCUCAGUCAGUUCUACGAGAUGUUCAAGGACACGGUGCCACCUGGUGAAAACCAUAAUCUGAGCCCUGAGGAGAAGGCCGCACUGAUCGCUAGCACUAAAUCACCCAUUUCAUUCCUCAGUAAGCUGGGUCAAAGCAUCGCCAUCUCCCGCAAAAGAAACCCCAAGGAUAAAAAGGAAAAGGAGCUGGAUGGACUAGGGAAAAGACGAAAGACGAGCCAGGCUGGACAAUCAGAGGAUGAGGAGCUGCAGAGGGCUAAUCGAGACGACAGGCCAUCUAUAGCUACAGCUCUGGCGGAACGUAAGAUUGACUCUGCUGCUGCAGCCAACAAUAACAACAAAGUGAAGUCGAUGGCCACGCAGCUGCUGGCCAAGUUUGAGGAGAACGCACCGACACAGUCCACCGGGCUCAAACGACAGGGAGACUCUAUGCCCGAUCUGGGCCUCAUACUGACCCCUUCUCCAGCCUCUACGUCUCUGAAAGAGACCGUUCGCCUGGCUCCAGUGCCUGCAUGGAGGAAGGCCAGCAGUGGGACUGAGGUCUUAAGGAGCUGCCCUAAGAAAACCAUUCUUCUUUCUUCUUCCUCAUCCUCAUCUUCCUCAUUCUCUUCAUCGUUUCCUCCACAUGCACAGUCAGUGAUAAACAAGUGUAAUGGUGUUGGCGAUGAAGUGAACAAAUUCCAGGACCUUUCAGUCUAUUACUGGGAAGAUAAUCUGCCUAAUGUGGACAAACCAGAACCCAUACAUAUUCCUAGCAUUCAAGAGCGAGCGGAGACUCUAGUGGCUAGAUUUAAAGGCAAGCCUGACAGGAAGGACAAGCCACAGGUUAUGAAAAAGCCGUCACGGUUCUUUAUUGAGCAGUGGUUUUUGACCCAUGGCCUCAGUCCUGAUGAGCCCGUCUUCUCCUCUGACCCUCAGCAUCAACAGCAAAAAGGGGUUUUGUGUCCUGACGAUCACGUGCCUUUACACAUCCCCAGCAUUCAGGAGAGAGCUGAGAGACUGGCCUCUCAGUUUAAAGACAAACCGGCGAAGUCAAAGUCUAAGAAAAAGUCGUCACAGUUGUUGACGGAGCAGUGGUCCAGGGCUCGUGAUGUGAGCUCUGCUAGUCCUCUGCAUUCCCCCAGCUCUUUCCGGCAGCACUGUGUAAAGAUGUACACAGGGGGUGUGAGCUCAUUGACUGAGCAAAUAGCCAAUCAGCUUCAGGCUAAGGAUGACCCCAGGCCCUUGCUUGAGAAAAGGGAUUUGGGUUCAUUCCGGAAGGAGUUCCCUCAGAACAUCGGUGGCAGUGAUGUUUGUUUCUUCUGUCGUAAACGGGUCUAUGUGAUGGAGCGUCUCAGCGCUGAAGGAAAGUUUUUCCAUCGCAGCUGCUUCAAGUGCGACUACUGCGGCACCACUCUCCGCCUGUCCUCAUACGCCUUCGAUGUUGAAGACGGGAAGUUUUACUGUAAACCGCACUACUGCUACCGACUCUCUGGUGUGGCACAGAGAAAACGGCCUGCACCUGCUGCUGCUCCAGCAAACGCCAAGGAGCCCCAGGUGUUGGCGGUAUCCCCCAACACAGUUGACGCCCCAGGUCAAGCCAUAACCUCUCAGACCCCUGCGGAGCGCCGGCCCUCAGAAACUGAGGUGAAUGGUGUCACGGAGCCUAGCGUGGCCAAACGUCUGAAAGGGACUCCGGAAAGGAUCGAGCUGGAGAACUAUCGUCUGUCAAUGAUGAGAGAGGAGGAGCUGGAGGAGGUGCCGGAGGAGACAUUGGCGGAGCACAACCUGAGCAGUGUGCUGGAUAAAGCCACCGACAUCGAGGAGGGAUCCAGCAGCUCUGAGUCUGAUAUGGAGGAAGAAGAUGAAGAUGCAGAGGCGGCCGGUCCGUCUGAUCUGGGUGGAGUGCCCUGGAAGGAGGCGGUGGAGCUCCACGCUAAAUUAAAGGGAGAAAGUGACCCAGGAGCAGACGAUGAUGGCCUUCAUGACUGUGAUGGAGAGAUGGACGAGGAUGAAGAGGAGGACGAAGAUGAGGAAGAUGAAGACGAGGAGGAGGAAGAAGAGGAAUCGAGCGAAGCGGGAGACUAUUUCCCCUGGGAGAGGGAGCUUCAGUCAGGUCUUUGGCUGGAGAAUCUGGCAAAUGAAGAGGAUGUCAGUGUUUUUAAAGCUAAGAACCUGCAGAUCCAGCAACUCGUUCAUCCAGUAGACCCCCUGGACAUCCAGAUGGAGAGCCACUGGACGUCCAAACAGGCUGAGGGGGUGUUGGAGGUCCCCUCGGUGUCACCCUUAGGCUCACAGCCCUCGCUCAACACCCAGCUUACACAGCCCACCUCCUCCACAGCCCCCUCCCACAAAUCCAUACGUCACGAGGCUGUCAGAGCCUGGCUGGACUCGAUGUCUGGAGAGCCCUGUGAAGAGGACGAUGACCCUGAAGCAGAAGCAGGCAGUCCUGACUUUGAGCCGGGCACUGAAAUAGAUCAAGAAGACAUUCUCUCAGAUGCAGAGGCUGAAGCUCGUUCACGGUGCAUAGAUGAAGUGGUGACACUUCCAGUGGAUAAUGGCAAAGCUGAAAGCCAGGGACACGUUUUCAACACUGCAGAGAAAACAUCUGCAAAUCCAAGGGAGUUGAUUGUGGACGUUGUGCUGUCUCCAAUCCAAAAACCCGCUUUACCCAUUGAGGAGGUGAAUGAAGUUUCUUCUGUAGUACUAGUUAAAUCUCCUGGUGCACGUUUCUUCCCUGAGCCCUAUCUGCCUGAUAAAGUCAAGCAGAACAUUCCCCCACCUCAGAGUCCUGAUGUUAAAAGUCCCCAUUCUCCUGUAGCUCAAAUCAUUGCGCUAUCGCCCAUCUGCUCCCAGCCUGUUUCACAACCAGGCACAGCAUCUCCCAAAUCUCCAGUCCAACCACAGCCUUGUGCCUGUUCUCCAACAGGCAAUCCUUUGUCCCCGAUUUGUACCCAAUCACAACCCUGCAAUGAGCCACCUUCACCCCUCUCCACAAGCUCCCCCGUCAGGACUCAACCAGUCCCAGCAGUAACCUCUACUCCUUUAGCUAAACCUGCUUCUGAGAAUAGGACUAAUGAGCAUUUGAAAGAUUCAACUCCUGAGGUUAAGAAAACAGACCUCAUUGAGGAGUUCUGGUUGAAGAGUGCCGAGAUUAGAAAAAGUUUAGGACUCACUCCUCUGGAACGAAGUAAAACUGCUGUGGAGAAGAGCAUUGUAAAAACUCCAACGCCCGAAUCAUCAUCUCCCAGGUCUUACACCCCAGAAGACUUGUCUGAGGAACAGAAGCCUACAUUUACAGGCCGUUCUAUCAUACGCAGGAUCAACAUUACCUUAGAGGGUCAGGUUAUAUCUCCAGUAGAACCUAAAAGUAGUGGUUCAGAAAAGAAGGACCUAAGCAGCAGUUCAGGGUUGGGUCUUAACGGAAGUGUGACCACCAGUCAGACAGCUGCUAGCGACAGCUACAACAACUCUGAUUCUACAAUGCUCACCCCUCCUUCCAGUCCACCACCACCUCCACCCAGGGAGGAACCUGCUUCUCUCCUAAACAAGAGAUCUCAGGUUUCCUGGGAAAACCUUCUUGAGGGCACAGAAGAACCCAAAUCUGAGACCAUUCCCAUUAAACCCAGGACUCCAGUUAGUCCCCCUCAACCAAAACAAAAACCAGUUACAGCUCCAGUGCCAACCCCUAGAACCAAUCCACCUGUUGUGAUGAGGGUUAAGGAGCCCAAUAAACCACGUCGAGAAGAAGUGAGAAAGUCUUUUGUUGAGUGUGUAGACGAGAUACCUUUUGCUGAUGAUGUUGAAGACACAUACGAUGACCGCACUCCAGAUGCAAGUGGUCUUGAAAAGUUUUACACACCGCCGACUAGCAAGGUCAACCGGGAUAAGCCGCCUCUCCACUUGGCACUGGCAAUGGAAAAUGGCAAGCCCAAUAUCCCUGGAGUUUCCCGGACAGCAAAGGGUUCCCAGCAUUUUUCUCCUGAAGCCAAGGAGAUUGCAGAGGAGCGAAUGAGGGCACGGGAAAAAUCUGUGAAGAGCCAAGCUCUUAAAGAUGCAAUGGCCAAGCAGCUUACGAAGAUGAAAGAUUCUGAGGCUGCCAAGGGUGCUGUGGCAAAAGUAGCCUGGGAUAUUCCUGAAACAAAAGGAAAAAGCAAAAAGCAAACUAAAGCCCCGAAGGACUCUGCAGUGAAGGCCUUGGAGUCCAAAAAGCAAACAGACACACUUCCAGACCGUUUCUUCACCACACCAUCCAGUAAGGCCUUAGACAGCUCUGUCACAUCUUCAGAGAGCUCCACGGGGGGCAAAAGCAAGAAACGCAGCUCACUGUUUUCCCCACGCAAAAACAAAAAGGAAAAGAAAGCAAAAAAUGAAAGACUCUCCAGCACAGAAGAAACGCCGCCCAAGCACAAGUCCCUUUGGAAAGCAGUGUUCUCCGGUUACAAGAAGGACAAAAAGAAGAAAGAUGACAAGUCAUGCCCAAGUACACCCUCAAGCUCUACAACUGGAGACUCGGGGAAGAAGAAAGAUUCACCUCUGGACAGGUCCUCAGAUUUACGUCUGAGGAGAAAUCUAAGCUUUUCUGAGGACUCUGAUCUCUCCUGUGACGAUGUUCUGGAAAGAUCCUCUCAGAAGUCCAAGGGUGAUCGUCAUGUGGACCUGUUUGACUUGGUGUCAGAUUUGAAAAAAGAAGCCAUUAAAGAGGAGAAAGCCAAAGAGAAGGCUAAGGAUAGGGCAAAGGAAAAGGGAAGAGUUACAGAGAAGGGCAAGGAAAGGUCAAGAGAAAGGGAGAAUGAAAAAAAAGUCAAAGAAAAGAGGGUGAAAAUGAAAGAUGAGGAACAGGAGAAAGGAAAAGAGGAAGAGUCUGUUUAUGUACCUCAUGCAUUGGCGUUCAAGAGAUCAUAUGCCACAAAGAAGACAUACACGGAGGAGGAACUGAACGCCAAGCUGACAAGAAGAGUACAGAAAGCUGCACGGAGGCAGGCCAAGCAGGAGGAGCUCAAGAGACUUCACAGAGCUCAGAUGAUUCAGAGGCAGCUGGAGCAGGUGGAAGAGAAACAGAGGCAGUUAGAGGAGAGAGGCGUCGCGGUGGAAAAGGCACUGCGAGGGGAAGCAGGGUUGUAUAAAGGUUCUAACGUUAGUCCAAAACAGCGUAAGAGACGCUCAGACUAUUGGGGAGAGUCUAAUUACAGUGAGAUCCUGGAUUUGCAUCUGGGCGUUGAGCCCUAUGUCAGGACCCCUCGUCGACGAGCCCUGUACCUCUGCCCCUGCUGUGCCCCUGAAGGAAUGGGUAAAAAGGACGAUCCGAAGCUGAUGCAGGAAUGGUUUAAACUGGUCCAGGAGAAGAAUGCCUUGGUGCGAUACGAAUCUGAGCUGAUGAUAUUUGCUCGUGAGCUAGAGUUGGAGGACAGACAGAGUCGACUACAACAGGAACUACGGGAACGCAUGGCAAUAGAUGAUCAUCUGAAGACGGAGGAGGAGCUGGCAGAGGAGAAGCAGAUUCUGAAUGAGAUGUUGGAGGUGGUGGAGCAGCGAGACUCUCUGGUGGCCCUGCUGGAGGAACAGAGACUCAGGGAGAAGGAAGAAGAUAAAGACCUGGAGGCGGUGAUGCUCUCCAAAGGAUUCAACCUCAACUGGGCUUAACAUAACAAUGUCCAAAAACCAUCUUACCCGCCAGCGCUUCACUACAGGGAGUACAAAAAAAAACUAAAUCACAGAAAGAAUCGCUCUUGGUUUUAUUGGGCAUGUCAGAAACGUUUACAAACCUAUUCAUGAGCUCGAUGGUGAUGUUUUCAUGAGUUUUCCUGGCACGACUCAGGGCGUUUUGUCCAAGCGGCAGCCAAGGCAUGGCAUUCUCCGUUUCAGAAAUAAGGAGAACAUCAAUUUUUUUUUUUGUAAUUUCUGGGACAUAUCAAUCAAUCCUGCUGAUGUUGAGGAAGUCUGAGACUAAAUGACCCUACAUAUAAAGCCAGUCUUGUUUAUCAGAGAAUGUCCGGUCAAUCAACUGUUACGUUUUCAGUGACGAGCGGAUUUUUUUGGACUUCAUUUCCUUUUAAUGCAUUUUCUACUUUCACUACUGACUGGAAAACAAAAGUACAACUCUUUUCUCUCCGAUCACACUUCUAUCCUUUGUAAUAUCACACACUAUAUAGGCAUUAGACCUCCAUGUGAUGGACUUUCUCUCGGCGACUGACACGCAUUUUGUUUGUAGCAUUGACAAUUGUAAAUGUUCGAAUCCAUCGGCAUCCGCCUGAUAAUUCGAGAGAUUUGGUGACUGAUGGGAUCAAAAUGAUCUUGAUGUUACAUACUUGCUGAUGUCGGCUUCACGUAUAUCCUGAAAAACGGUUUACAAUCAUUUGUAAUCCAUGAAUAUCAGAUACUUGUACUAUAGUUUACAUAAACAGUGGAGCAUAUAUAUAUAUAUAUAUCUUUAUAUUAGUAUACAAACUUCCAGAUUUCAUAAGAGUGUGUGUAUAUACACAUAUAAUAUACAGCCAGAUGCGUUAUGCCUUUUGUUGCUUGGUUGGUUAAGUGGUUUUAAAUGGAUAGUUCACCAAAAAUAUUUGUAUAUGCUGUGACUUUAUUUUUACAGAAAAACAUUAAGGAUAAUUGCUAAAUAAAACCUUGCAUAAUUCUGAGAGUCGAAUAAAUAAAAAUUAAAUAAACUGUGGUUCCUGAUAAUACACUGCGGUCUUAAGAAGCAACAUAUUCAGACUUUUCAGUCAAUAAUGUUCUGGAUUUUGCUCAAACUAAUUGUUUGCUUAAGACAUCAGUGUGUCAUCAGGAUUCAUGGAUAUUAAUAUAGUUUUGCCUAUAUAUAGUCUAUAUAGACUCAAUGCUGGUAGUUAAUGUCUUAAAUCACAAAGAUUUUCUUUAGUGCUUAACUUAAAGAGAUAGUUCACCUAAAAACAAAAAUUUUAAUCAUUUACUCAGCAUUUACUUCUUCCAAACCGCUUUUUUCAUGUUAAACACAAAAGUAGAUAUUUUGAAAAAUGUUGAAAACUGGUAACCAUUGACUUCUAUAGUAUUUUGUUCCCCUAUUAUGGAUGGUUACCAGUUUCCAGCAUUCUUGAAAAUAUCUUAUUUUGUGUUCAACAGAAAAGAAAUAAACUUAUGAAGGUUUGGAUCCACUUGAGGAUGA